CCGCUCCACGACCGCGGCGCCGCAAGGGCCGGCCGCCAUGGCCCGCUUCCAGCUCCCGUCGAGGGCCGCGCGCUGCGUGCCCGCCUGGCGACCGGCGCCCGCGCGGCUGGCCUCGGGGCGCGCUGCCCCACUGCGCCUCGGUGAGGCCCUGCGACCAGCAGGGGCGCUCCGCGGCUCCGCAAGGGCCUUCUGCUCGCACCCGGACUUCGCGCCCCAGAGCAAUGUUCGGGGCUCGGACAACGACGAGGUGCAGCAGAAAUUGAAGCAGCUCGUCUCGGAGAACAAAGUAGUGCUGUUCAUGAAGGGGAGCCCGGACAUGCCCCAGUGUGGCUUCUCGCGCACCGUCGCGCAGGUGCUGCAGAAGGAGGGCUGCCAGGACUACGCCUACGUGGACGUGCUCAAGUACCCCGAGGUGCGCGAGGGCGUGAAGAAGUUCUCCGACUGGCCGACCGUCCCGCAGCUGUACGUAAAGGGGGAGUUCAUUGGUGGCUGUGACAUCGUCACGCAGAUGCACAAGGACAGCGAGCUGUCAGAGGUGCUCAAAGACGUGCUCAAAGAGUGAGGCGCCGCCCGCGGCGGGUGCGAGCCUGCCCCGCGCAGGCCGCGCGGGCAGGCGUGCCCCCCCUGCGAGGGCCCGAGGGCCGCGAGGCCCGGGCCCCCGCUGACCGGGGAGCAGCAGGUUCCCAGGCUGUCCCGAGCGCGCGGCGAGGCCUUGGCUGGAAGGCUGGAGGAGUCACGGCCAUGAGCCUGAUGUCGAUGGUGGGUACCCGAGCGCUGCGGACCGUACAGGGCUUGUAGUGGCCUCAACUGUUUAGUCAGACCUUCGUACGUGCACGCUGGAGAGCUCUAUCCAGAAAUGUGCAUGUGCGCGAGCACUGAGAUUUCGUGGCGUGCAUGCUUUCGCUGUUCUUGAACUGGGAGGGGGGG